CAACGGGGACAACAUUAGAAGUAACACACAACAUUGGCUCUUCCUCAAACCCAAAAGACACUUAUUGAAACGCUGACGAAGUUUGGUUUGCAGUGUAGAGUUUGAUAAAUAAAUAAAGCCGGUCUGUUUUAUGCAGAUAAAGCACUAGGACAUUCGUGCGUGUAACUAGCGAGAUAAACAUAAAAAAACAUCCUGCGUCCAACACAUGAAGUCACAUUAGCAUCACCGCUGAGCAGUUUCCAGGAAGCCUGACCAAGUAACUACACACCUUAAAGGUGUCAGAGAUGUGAACUGGCGACGCGAAAGAGAAGCAUGUCAUGGUAACAAGGGAGGUGGAGAAAGGGAGCAGGAGUGGGACUUAUUUGGACAAACACAAAAAAAUCCCUUGCUUUUCAUGAAACUUGCCAUAAGAGGUGAUCAGCAUGUCGUCUGAAGAGGAGACUUCUCAGACUUCUUCCUCUUCUCCUUCUCCCCCUCCUCCCUCCUCCUCUUCCUCACCUCCCCCUGCCUCCCACUUCAUCGGGAAGAAGGAGGACAUUGUCAAGGCUGGGCGCGUGACCAAGCUGGUGAAUGGAUGCCGAGAUGUACUGGUCCUGCACCACCAGGGGCGGUUUUAUGCAAUGGACAUGCGCUGCUACCAUUCAGGUGGUGCGUUGCAGUAUGGAGACAUUGAGGAGUUUAAUGGGAUGCUGUGUAUUGUGUGUCCAUGGCACAAGUACAAGAUCACACUGGCAGGAGGAGAAGGGAUUUACCAAGCCGUGGACGAUCCUACAGCCAAACCCCUGAAGACACAGUGGCGCUCCAAGGGUGUCAAACAAAGGAUUCACAAGGUCACUGAGGUCAAUGGGGAUGUGUAUUUAACACUGAAUGACUCCAGUGAGGCCAUUGAUUCAGAUGCCUACCAAACUGAGAGAUACAGAACUGUCAUAUUGAAGGCCCAGGCACAAUCCAAGUCCAAGAAAUAGCCAGACACUGAAGGAUUUCUUAGAAUUGUUUGAUUUUGUUUGAUUUUUCACUUAAAAAUACUGCAAAGGACAAUUUUGGAUGUCGUAUUGUCCUUCACUGGGAAGUGUUUUUUUUUAAUAAUAAUAAUAAAAAACUGGUAAGUCUUUGAGCCAAUAAGUCAGUAAGAGUCAGUCAAGGACAAAGAAGGAAAUAUGUAAAGAAGAUGUAUGAAUGCUAGUGGUGUCAGAUCAAUACAGGGCAUUUAAACAGUAAUUACAAGAUGUGUGUUGUUUCAGAUGUACAUCCAGGGAAAUUGUUUUUUUAUUCCUCUUGCACUACUCGGCACUCUUGCUCUGGAAUUCUUGAAUUUCCCUCGGGAUCAGUAAGGUAUCUAUCUAUCUAUCCAUCUGUCAACAGGGCAUUACUGCAUAUGUUGACCAAAUCAGUACUUAUGAUGUAUAAAUGUAUGCAAUUUCCCAAACAGAGCUGAGGCUGCUACAAAAUUUUGUGGCUUAAUAAUUAUUAAAUGGUGUAUAAAUAUUUAUUUU